AUGGAGACAUUCGACCGCCUAUGCACAAGCUUCAAGGAUACCCUGCUGAGCAGAGGAGCGACCUACAGCCAAGCAGAGUCACUGGUGACCAAGUGGAUACGGCCUGCAGCACGACACAGCUAUUAUAAGCAGACACCAUGUGCAUCCAAAAUGGUUGUCCGGCAAUAUAGAUACCAGCCGGCCCAGAGAUGGAAAAUGGUGGCAGGCAUGUCGGGCUCACUCUUCCGCCUGCAGAUUAAAACACCCGGGAUUACAAAGCAAAUUACGCAAACCAGUACCUCACCUGUCCAACACCUCGGCAUCCAGCGCAGCAAGAACCGACUCUACACAAAAAAACGAUGCCACACAAAAGACUGCGCGGCAACAUACUCCACAAGGUAA